AUGAUACGACCUCAGGCCCCACCCAUCCAGACGCAGCCUGAUACAGGUUCUGCCACCCCAAGCAACUUGAUCACCAGCCACAGAAAGGACACGGGCUCUGAUAUAUCAGCCCAGGACCAAGAAUCUUCUGCCAAUCGCCACACACGGUCCCAAGACCAAGUCGGGCAACUGCCAACCAAGGGAGCCAGCGAGGCCGUGUUCUCUCCUCUCGGGACGAGCUUUGGUGCCGAUACGCCCGACUUGCUGUCUCCCACAGGGUCGAUGGUAGCCAUGCAUGGCUCGGUCGUCAGCACCCCUUUCCCCAAGAACAACGACCAACAGCACCAAGCUGACUGGGAAGCUUCCCAGCGAAAGAAGGACCGCGACGCCACAGCAGACUCUGUCAAAGGAGCUGCUUUCAGUGCGUGUCUCGACACUGAAGACGGUUCUGUCUCUCCCGAGCCUGUGCGUAAUGGCCGAAUCAUUGCGAUAGACUUUGAUGAUGUAUGUACGCAAAAUAUGCUUGCCAUCAUCACCGAGCACAAUGUGCAGUACGGGACCGACUUGACACUUGACGACCUUGAAAGCUAUGUGUUCUGGCAGAACAAAGGCUGGGGUUCUCCCGCUGAUUGCACGCGCAAGGUCAAAUCGCUCAACCAACUCCUCCCAAAGACAGCUCCCAUCCCAGGCUUUGACGACUCGCUCCGUGUCUUGCACUCUCUAGGGCACCCUAUCCACAUCGUCACCUCCCGACCAGAGUCUGACCGACAAGUCGUCGCCGAAUGGCUGGCGCAGCAGAAUAUAACGAUCGGCGCGGGACCCGAGCACGUUAUCAAAGCUGCCUGGUUCUGCGGCUCGUAUUCGUCUGCAUACCCCGACCUCCCAGCAAAGGGCGACACCGCAAGCGCCGUAGAUAGGGAUAAGGAGACGAAUGACAAGCUCAGACAGAUCUGGAAAGAUGGAGUGACCUCUGGAAAGUCGGGGUUGGGCAAACUUCGAAUCCUCCGUCAGAUAGACGCCUCGCUAUUCAUUGACGACCACCACGGCAACCUCGAGCCCAUCAUCCAAGCUGAUCCGCCCAUCCCGUGCCUUCUUUUCGGCACUUAUGGAUGGAACCGUUCGCGCAGCAGCCUCUCCUCGCCGGUAGAGCUCAUGGACUAUGAGGAGAGGAUUGCGCAAGGGCUCCCGCUUCCUUUCAAUGAGAUCCUCACGGGCAAGGAUCAUGGGCUUCAUAGGGUCAAGGACUGGAGUGAUGUUGUGCAGUAG